AUGGAGCCAGGAUUCAACUGCUCUGAGCUCUGCGAUGGCAGCUCCAGUUUUGGCAGCCAGGAGCAGCAGCAGCGGGCGCUGCAGGAGCUCUGCACUGUCACAGUGACAUCUUCAGACCGCAGUGGGAAGAGCUCUCUGUCCUUCUCUGCUGCUCUCCUUGGAGUUGUGUGGACGUUCCUGACUGGAGGAGUCUUGCUGGCUCUCUUCUUUCUUGUCUUCACAAUUCGCUUCAGGAAAAACAGGAUCGUGAAGAUGUCCAGCCCCAAUCUGAACAUCGUGACCUUGCUGGGCAGCGGCUUGACUUACAGUAGUGCUUACCUCUUUGGGAUUCAGGAGCAGAGCCUGCCGUCCGGAGACUGGGUGGAAAAGCUCAUCCAGGUGCGGCUCUGCCUGCUGUGUGUGGGGACCUCCCUGGUGUUUGGCCCCAUCCUGGGGAAAAGCUGGAGGCUCUACAAGGUGUUCACCCAGCGGGUGCCAGACAAGCGAGUGAUUAUCAAAGACCUCCAGUUGCUGGCGAUGGUGGCAGCCUUGGUGCUGGCGGACACUGUGCUGCUCUUGACGUGGGUAUUCUCUGAUCCAGUCCAGUGCUUCCGAAGCCUCAGCGUCUCACUGCGGGCGACAGAGAAGGGCAUGAGCUGCUCAGUGAGCCGGGUGCAGUCCUGCGCCUCUCUCUAUUCCGAUCUUUGGCUCGUUCUCAUUUUGGGGUUUAAGAGUAUCCUCCUGCUGUAUGGGACCUACUUGGCCGGUCUGACCGACAACAUCAGCUCCCCGCCAGUCAACCAAUCCUUGACACUCAUUGUGGGGGUCAACCUCGUUUUCCUGGCUGCUGGCACUGUCUGCUUAGUUCACCGUUUCUUCCACACGUGGCAUAACUUGCUGUUUGGUUUUACCUCUGGAGGCAUCUUUGUGUGUACAACCACUAUCAAUUGCUUCAUCUUUGUCCCCCAGCUCAAGCAGUGGAAAGCCUUUGAAGAAGAAAGCCAAACCGUGAGCCACAUGGCAAAAUACUUCACCAGCCCAAGCAGGAGCUGCCGCUCGGUGUACAGCGAGGAGCAGCUCUACCAGCUGAUAGGGGAGAAAAACUCCAUGAAGCGGCUGCUCACCGAGAAAAACGCCGUGAUUGAGAGCCUGCAGGAGCAAGUGAGCAGCGCCAAGGAGAAGCUGAUGAGGCUGAUGUCUGCAGAGAGCAGCCGCGACCCCCGUGCACUGCCGCCGGCUCCCCCCACCCAGAGCUCGGGGCAGAGUGGGGAUGCGCCGGCGGACUGUGGCCCUCCGGCUUUGGAGCAGGAUGGGUGGCAGCCUCCCACCUUGCUGGAUACGCCACCUCUUUGCAGCAAUGCUGAGGAUCUCCGGAAACAUGGGAGCCAUGAGCCUGUUUGCUCUCGGGUGCUGCUUUUUGACACGGGGGACUACAUUGAACGCGGCCUGAAAGACAUCCGGGAGUGUGGGACGCACGAGGGGCAGGGACAGCCUCCGGAGCAGCUGUCCAGCCUGGACAUCACAGCUAGCGUGGCCUGGGAGUCCCCCAAAUUCAGCUACGUGAGCAGCGAGAAGCUGCGGGAAAUCUUGCAAGAGCUGAGCCUGGAUGGAAAAACCUACAGCCCAGCUUUACCUGGGGGAUCACUGCGUAGCAGCCAGGGCCCCCCAGGUGAGCAAGGAGGAACGUGGGGGGCCCAGAGGGACUACCCAGACAUCCGUACGCACCUCAGCCUGGCGAGGCGGCGGCGGAGGACCCUGUUGUCCCCUACUUCCAGCCGCUUCCCUGGACACGUGCCCACUCGUGCCAGCCACGGGGUGAAGGAAACGAGCGGCUGGGGCUGUGGAGAGUCAGCACGUAUCUCCCUGGCGAGGGAAAGGGAGAGGGCUGCUGGAGAGCUCCUUCACCUGCCAGCGCCAUCCCCUCCAGCCGUCCCUGGGGAGGUCUGCCUCCAGCCGGAGGGCCGGCCAGAGUCCCAAGGCACUUCGCCAUGCGUCCCGUGGGAGCAGCGAUGGCAGCAGGAUGCCCCAAGGGGACCUGCUGAGCCUUCCCUGCGCUCCUUGUACUAUUACCCGGACUCUGACUCCAGCAGCAGCAGCUCUGAGGAGAUGUUCCACGGUUGCCGUCGGCCCUGCUGCGAGGUCUGCUUCCAGAGCCCACGCGGUUCCCUGAGCAGCAGUAGCACAGACACGGACACUGAACCCGGUGGCUGCGUGGGCCACUGGACAGAGCACCACAGCGGGCCCCAGCCUGUGGUUAAUUUCAAAGAAGAUCUGAAACCCACCUUUGUGUGA